GGAUUUCAGCGCAAUGAAAGGACUGCACUUGCCCUAGAACUUCCUCUCCACCUACGUACAAAGGUGAUGUUUUACGGAACGAAAUUCGCGUUCGUUUUAUUCAUAGCUCAACAAUAACUCCGUACUAUCGUACAGUUCGCAUGCAUUUACUAGUGGAAAAAGUAUCUUUAGCUGCACGCCAUAUGAUUCUAAUCGCAGUAGCCUCUUGAGAGGAAGUAAACAGAUUGCGUGCGUAGCUCCCGACUGAGCAGUGAGUAGGACCGCGCGUUCAGAGUUGCCGGGUGCGUGCCCGCCGCGAUUGUGUAAUAAAGUGAAGAGGAUACGUCCACUACAUUCGUCCGUAUGUUUCACCUGUGCGCACAUUAAAGGGCACACUGCUGGGUCGCAGGAGAAGGAGGGUAACAAACAUAGAGGAGUUGUAGCUGAUCGGUGCAAUGUCGGUCACUGGGGACAAAAUGUUAUCAGAAGACGGUACCUCGAACAAAGAAGUAUCGCCUUCGAACAGCCACAACACGUCGCACGAUGUGGACAUUUCCGAGCGGAUCAGUAAAUCGGUGGAAAAUAUGGAUGACUACGGAGAGUCCACAGGGUUGCUGGAGCAACCGGUGGCUUCGGUACGAUUACCCAUCAUCGGAAUGACCUGUCAGUCGUGCGUGCGUAACAUCGAAGGCACGAUUGGCAACAAGCUCGGUGUGAUAAAGAUCAACGUAGUGUUGGCAGAAAAUGCCGGUUACAUCGAUUACGAUCCAUCGCUUACCGAUCCGAGUCAGAUAGCGGCGGACAUCGAUGAUAUGGGGUUCGAAUGCACCUACACAGAGCCGGGAACGUCUCCGUCCGGUGCACCAAAGCGUUCCAUACUCGUCGAGGGCGUCGAGAGCGACAGUGAACCAGUCGGCCCGAAUGGGAAUGUACGCACGGCACGCAUUAACAUCGAAGGCAUGACGUGUCAGUCUUGUGUGCGAAAUAUCGAAGGUACGAUAAAAGAUCGGCCGGGAGUGAUUUCCAUACGAGUGCUGCUAGAUGAACGAGCCGGUGUGGUGGAGUAUGAUGGGAGGUUAACGACGGCGGAACAGCUCGCAGAACAGAUCGACGACAUGGGGUUCGAGGCGAAGGUUGCUACCGGUGAACAGAGCCAAACCGAGCAACGGUCGCAAAGAUCGUCUCCACAAACCAACGGGAAGCAACUGGUGGCAGGAAAUGGUAGUUUAACAUCCAAAAAGAAGGAAGACGAAGCAGCGCAACUCAGACGAUGUUUUCUGCACGUGCAGGGUAUGACCUGCGCAAGCUGCGUAUCGGCGAUAGAGAAACACUGUCGAAAAAUAUACGGCGUUGAGUCGAUUUUAAUAGCACUGCUAGCAGCGAAAGCGGAGGUGAAAUAUGACGAACGAUUGACGUCGCCUUCCGACAUCGCAAAAUCCAUCUCCGAGCUCGGCUUCCCCACGGAAGUGCUCGAGGAACCGGGUACGGGUGAAACGGACGUUGAGAUCGAAAUUCUCGGCAUGACCUGCGGGUCUUGUGUGGCGAAAAUCGAACAGACGGCACUCAAGAUACCGGGCGUGUUACAAGCGUCCGUAGCUCUCACGCUUAAACGUGGCCGAUUCACCUUCAACAACGAACGCACCGGAGCCCGCACAAUAUGUGAAGCCAUCGAGAACCUCGGCUUUGCGGCACGAGUGCUCUCGGGCAAGGAUAAAAUGGCCCACAGCUAUCUGGAGCACAGGGAGGAAAUUCGCAAAUGGCGCAACGCGUUUCUGGUUUCGCUCGCAUUCGGCGGCCCGUGCAUGGUGGCGAUGGCUUACUUUAUGGUGCUGAUGCACGAGCAUAGCCACGAGGAGAUGUGCUGCGUGUUGCCGGGGCUUUCGCUGGAGAACUUAAUCAUGUUUGCACUCUCGACCCCGGUACAGUUCUUUGGCGGGUGGCAUUUUUACAUUCAAGCGUACCGGGCGGUGAAACAUGGCGCGAGCAAUAUGGACGUACUGAUCACGAUGGCCACGACGGUCAGCUAUCUGUACUCGGUCGGUGUGCUCGUUGCUGCGAUGGUACUGGAGCAGCGUACCUCACCGCUUACCUUCUUCGACACACCGCCAAUGCUGUUCAUUUUCAUCUCCCUCGGACGGUGGAUGGAACACAUUGCUAAGGGUAAAACGUCCGAAGCGCUGUCGAAGCUACUGUCACUGAAGGCGACCGAGGCCACGCUGGUAACGCUCGGGACGGACUACGCCGUGCUGACGGAGAAAACCAUCUCGGUCGAUCUGGUACAGCGGGGAGACAUUUUGAAGGUGGUGCCGGGCAGCAAAGUUCCGGUCGAUGGGAAAGUGCUGUGCGGUAACUCGACCUGUGACGAAAGUCUCAUCACGGGCGAAUCGAUGCCGGUGCCGAAGCGUAAGGGUGCGGUCGUGAUUGGCGGUUCGAUCAAUCAGAACGGGCUGCUGCUAAUGCAGGCAACGCACACCGGCGAGCACACGACCCUUGCACAGAUCGUCAAGCUGGUAGAGGAGGCACAAACGUCGAAAGCUCCAAUACAGCAGCUGGCGGACAGGAUAGCGGGCUAUUUUGUGCCGUUCGUUGUGACCGUGUCGGUGGUAACGCUGCUCGGUUGGAUUAUAUCGGGAUAUAUCGACAUUGCGCACAUACCGGCAAGCGAUCGCGAUAAGGAAGGCCUAACGCCGUCGGAAAUAAUCAUCAGCUAUGCGUUCCGGUGUGCGCUGAGUGUGCUUGCCAUCGCUUGUCCGUGUGCGCUGGGGCUUGCCACACCGACGGCGGUCAUGGUGUCGACCGGUGUUGGUGCCUUGCAUGGCAUUCUGGUGAAGGGUGCUGGUCCGCUAGAGAACGCCCACAAGGUGAAGACGAUCGUGUUCGAUAAGACGGGUACGAUCACGCACGGUAUGCCCAUGACGUCGCGCAUCUGUAUGCUGGUGCGACCGGCCGUCUGUUCGCUCGCGCGCGCUCUCACCAUCGUCGGUGCGGCCGAAGCCAACAGUGAGCAUCCAAUCGCAACCGCGAUCGUGAAGUACGUAAAGGAAGCGUUCGAAGUAGAUGUGUUUGGCAAGUGCAGUAACUUUUCGGCCGUGCCCGGGUGUGGCAUUCGGUGCGUCAUUUCGAGCGUAGAUGAUACGCUGAAGCGUGUGCAACAGUCGGAACGUAUCCGUAACUAUCAGAACUCAUACCGCAGCGACCAACAGCAAUCAAUCUCGAUGCACGGUGCCACCGUGGAGGAACUGAUACCGCAGCUGAGUGCAUCGCAAAAGAAUACGAUCGAAUUGCAGCAACUGUUGCACCUGGAACCGAUCGGCGAAGGGCCAGCUUCCGACAGUGGUUCAUCGGAGGCGUUCGCCGAUGUAAACGAGUACAACGUGCUGAUCGGGAACCGUGAGUGGAUGGCACGGAACGCCAUUGUGGUGCCACCCGAGGUGAACAUCCGAAUGUCGGAGGAGGAACAGAUGGGCCACACGGCGAUCCUGUGUGCAAUCAACGGUCAGCUCAUCUGCAUGCUGUCCGUGUCGGAUAUGGUGAAACCGGAAGCGCACCUGGCCGUGUAUACGCUGAAGCGGAUGGGCAUCGAGGUGAUACUGCUGACGGGCGAUAAUAAGAAUACGGCCGCCAGUAUAGCCCGCCAGGUGGGCAUAAACCGUGUGUUUGCGGAGGUGCUGCCAUCACACAAGGUGGCCAAAAUCCAGCGGAUACAGGAAAUGGGCGUGCGGGUAGCGAUGGUCGGUGACGGCGUGAACGAUAGUCCAGCAUUGGCGCAGGCCGAUGUGGGUAUCGCGAUUGCCUCCGGUACGGAUGUAGCGGCCGAAGCCGCGGAUGUUGUAUUAAUGCGGAAUGAUCUGCUUGAUGUGGUGGCCUGUUUGGAUCUGUCCCGGAAGACGGUGCGCAAGAUACACAUGAACUUCCUCUUCGCCAGUAUGUAUAAUCUGCUGGGCAUUCCAUUGGCCGCUGGCAUAUUUACACCGUUCGGAUUUACGCUCGAGCCUUGGAUGGCAUCGGCGGCCAUGGCAGCAAGUUCCGUUUCGGUGGUGUGCUCCUCACUCAUGAUCAAGCUGUAUAAGAAACCGACGCAGGCCUCGCUACAAACACCGGAGUACGCAGAGUUAACGGAAGCCGGUGCCUUCCUCGAUCCGGACGCGAUUUCCGUGCACCGCGGUCUCGACGAUAUACCGCGCCCAAAUUUGGCACGCUCAACCAGCUCCACACUGGCCAACUUUCUUAGAGCACCCGUUAACACCUAACACACCCUAACUGCCUGUACCACCACUAACUCAUAUUAAUGCACCCUUUUGUCUUCACUAACGCACGAUCGUACGCAUGUGAUCUAUCAAAAACGCACAGUCGGGAUAACGCUGGGUUAUUGAUCAUUGCAUUGUUUUCUAAUUUAUCCUUCGCUGUCUCGUAUUACGCGUGCACUUUAUUACGAAAGAGCCUAAACGAUAAUAUCCUUUGCGUUGCAUGGUGCUUUAAGGGCUUCAGCUAGGAAGUUACGUUUUUUUCUAGUAGAAGGAUCACACAUACCAUUAAUUAGUUCGACACUAUAUGACCGUUGUUCCACUUAUUAGAACGUGCCUGCUAAAAGCGUCGCCUAAUUUUCGUUACUUACUUUUAUAUUAAUAUUCCGGAAUGUUGUUGUUUUGUUAAUAACUUGGGAUUGUUCUAUCGGUUUAAACAUUUUUUUCUUAGACAUUCUUUAUCAUUAUGCUAUUGUAAUAAAACGAUUGGCCAUAAACGAUCACACAGAGUGAGACACAUAAAGCCCGCACACUGCCAUGUUAGAGGAGAUUGAUUGAUCAACCGGUGGCUUGAUAAAAUGCGGUAAAACUUCCAUUCUGUUGUUAUUUUGUUUUAUUAAAUAGGUUUAUCUAUUAAGUUCUCAACGGUGAAUCUUUAACAGACUCGGAUUGUACAAAUGUGUGUGUGGUUGUUGUG